AUGACGCAGUUGGAAACUUUGAGCCUCUUUGAAUCCAAAAUUCUGGAUGAUCAGUUUCCAGCUGAAAUCGGUCAGUUGAGUAAUUUAAAGUUAUUGGAUUUGAGGGUCAAAAGUAGCCUCCAUCCCUUGCCUUGUGGUAUCUUGUCAAGCUUGAAGAAACUAGAAGAAUUGUAUUUGGGAUCUGGUCUUCAUUUGCGGCUAGGGAGAGAUAAAGAAGAGGAAAGAAGAUGCCUUAAAGAGAUCUCAUCAAUCUCUAACCUUGCGUGUCUCCAGAUUGCUUUGUAUGACCUUAGCCUCCUACUUCUAUCUUUGCAAGAAUUUGAUACUCAUAGGUUGUCAAGAUUUGACGUUGCAGUAGCUAAUCAUGAAAGAGCAAUGGAAAAUCUCAGGAAAAACUAUCAAUUUCGGAAAAGCUUCAAGCUUUAUCUGUCAGAUCAUGGUGAUGAAGGGUUGAAACAACUUUUUGACCCCAAUAUUACUAGCAUUGUCAAGAGAACUGAAAAUCUCAUUUUACGUCUUUCAAAAUCAUCAUGCUUGAGGAAUCUUGUGCCUGACUUGGGUGAAAACGGGUUCAUCAAUUUGAAAAAGCUUUAUCUAGACAGUGGACAAUAUGAAUGCCUUGUUGAUUCUACUGCCAACCUUGUUGCCUGGCAUGUUUUUGAAAAUUUGGUGUCCAUGGAGUUACUAAGGUUGGAGUUGAAAGAAAUAUGUAAGGGAUUUCUUCCACCUGGGUGCUUCAGUCAACUUCAAGAGGUGAGAUUUUUUAGAAUAAGUGCUUUACAGUGCUUGUGGAAGGGACCAGUCAAACCUCCAUCGCUUUGCAACCUCAGAUCUAUUAAGGUAGAGGAUUGUGAUCAAAUUACGACUCUCUUCUCAAAAUCAGCACUGAAAUGUCUGGUGAAACUCCAAAGGAUAUACGUAUAUGGGUGUCAAAAUUUCGAGAGAAUUGUUCUGAGGGAGGAAAGUCUGACAGAGGAAGUGCUUGAGCUACCCCAACUCAAAGUGUUAGACUUACGCCAGACAAAUUUUAUUGGUUUUGGCUCUGAAGAUGAUAAAGCCGUGGCUUUUUUUGACCAGGUUUCACUCCCCCGCCUGGAAGUACUAGACAUUACUAAUCCUGGUGAUGGCCCCGAACAACUAAUAGGAGGGAAAAUGCCUAGUGGGUCCCUCGACAACUUAAAAUCCGUGAAUCUUUGGGAAUGUCGCUCUAUCCGAUGCAUUGCCAAAGGUGAUACAGUUACAUUAUUACAAAACUUGCAAGCACUUCUCACGUGGGAUUGUCAUGGGAUGGAAUCCUUUGUCGACUUUGAGGGUCUAAAAGUUCAUAAUACUCCAUCAGAAAAGGCAUUUGAAAUUCUUCCCAAACUAGAGUCACUGGACUUGUAUAACUGUGCAAGCUUCGUCCCUAUUUGGAGGAAUUUUCCUGAAGGGGUUCGAGUAUUCCAAAACUUGAGAAGUCUAAAAGUAGUAAACUGCACUUUAUAUUGUUUGUUUUAUCCUCCUUGCAUGGCUAACAUGCUCAUAAGUCUUGAGGCACUUGAAGUUUGUGGGUGCUGGAAAAUGUGUGAAGUUAUAGGUGAGGAAGAUGAAGAGAUCAGCCAAGAAGAUAAUACUCGGCAUCAUGAUGUUGGAAAACGUAGAGAAAUUGCACUGGAAAGAACUAGCAAGGAGUUCGUGUUUCCUAGAUUAAGUUUUUUGCGGUUGGCAUACCUUGAGAAUCUUCGAAGCUUUGGUGGUAGUUAUCGGGAGGAUUAUGAGUUCAAAUUUCCCCUACUCACUGAGUUGAUCAUAUCUUAUUGCCCAAAGUUGAAGAAAUUCUGUUCCGGAAAUUUGGAUGCACCAUUGUUUAAGAAAGUUCAAAUAGGGCCAAGUGAUACAGAGAAUUUUGAAGCUCCCGUGGAUUUAAAGGAUCGAGAGAUUUGUCCUUAUUGAUUUUAAAUUGACACAAUUAUCUGCAUAUUAAGAAUGUUGUGGGAACCAUCAAGUUGAUCGAAUAAUGUGGUCUAGUUACCACAGUCUUGACUGAACCGGUGGAUUGGGCUAUCAGAUAUGGAUGGAGAUCUUAACACAUAUGGUUAAUACUAUAAGUGUGGAACUUAUAUAU